AUGUCAUUGUCGUAUUCGAAAUGGAAAUUACACAGGACGGUGGACCGUUCACCUCCUGAGCAACCUUAUCCGGGGGUUUCAAUUCUUAAGCCGUUAACAGGCGUAGACCCUAAUUUAUUCUCCAACUUAGAAACAUAUUUUACCCUUGACUACCCAAAUUACGAAGUGCUGUUUUGUGUUGAGAAUGAGCACGACCCUGCUGUAAUGCUGGUGAACAGUUUAUUGCAUAAAUAUCCACAUAUUGAAGCACAACUUUUCGUUGGCGGGAUGUGUGUCGGUGUUAAUCCUAAAAUCAACAACAUGCAACCGGCUUACUUGGCAGCAAAACAUCCACUGAUACUGAUAAGCGACGCCGGCAUUCGUAUGCGAGACGAUACUUUGCUUGAUAUGGUGCAACAUUUGAGAGACGACGUUGCGAUUGUUCAUCAAAUGCCAUUUACGUGUGAUGCAGAGGGAUUUGCCGGUGUUUACGAAAAGGUAUACUUCGGUACUGCUCAGGCUAGGAUGUACCUCGGUGCUGAUUUCUUGGGAAUAAAUUGCCAUGUUGGAAUGUCAUCGCUUAUACGACGAUGCGCUCUGGAGGAGACGGGCGGACUGUCAGCUUUUGGUGAAUAUCUUGCCGAGGAUUACUUCAUGGCAAAAGCAGUGGUAUCGCGUGGAUGGAGGAUGCGUGUAGCAUCCUUGCCUGCAUUACAAAAUUCUGGAACACGAUCAGUGGGUGCAUUACAGGCGAGGCUGACGCGCUGGGCGCGGUUGAGAAUCGCCAUGGUGCCCACUACGGUGUUGCUCGAGCCCCUAAGUGAGUGUUUGCCACUCGGCGCUGGCGCCGCGUGGGCGGCUGGACAGUUGUUUGGCGCAGAACCAUUACCCUUCUUCUUAGUGCAUGUGCUUGUGUGGUUCCUGUCUGACUGGUUGAUGCUCCGUUCAGUCCAGAAUGGAUCACCACCAUUUACAAAAGUGCAGUUCCUUCUUGGUUGGGUGUGGAGUGAGUGCUGUGCGCCAUUAGUUCUCGCAGUUGCUCUUCUAAACCCUGAGAUCUCGUGGCGGACUCGGUGCUACCGUCUUGACUGGGGUGGUCGUGCACAUGAGCUCAAACCCAAGCUCAAGUUUUGA